UAGAGUUCAGUGGUUGCGGCAUGGUUAAAAACUUUUGAAAUUAUAGGUUAUCUAAUAAUUGUAAUAAUUAUAAUAAUACGUGCAUUGAAUAAGUUUUUUUAUUAGUGCAAAAGUUUACAUAAUAUGUGGAUAUUAUCCUGCUCAGAAUAAAAGUUAAGUGGUGCAGCUGGCUUACAUUAUUUGGAAGUUUGGAAUUUAAUCUUCAUGGGUAAGCCCAAUGAACAUAGCCUAUUCUUUGUAAACUAAAUGUUCUAUCUAAAAAUUGAAUAGAAGAGGUUAAAAUUUUGGCAAAGAAGAUGAUCUAUUUGAAUGGAUUGUCGUUGUUUACUUUCUCAAAAGAGUGGCCUCCUAAUAACCCAGCUCAGGAUGCAUUGACACAAUCUAAAAGAAACAAAACUUACAGUUUUACAAGAAUUGAUCAUAUAUCUUCGCAAGUCGGUGGUGUAAUAGUAUCAGUUGUUUUCUCUUGGAGCUACUGCCUUUUAAUCAACAAUUUUGGUGAAGCAUACCUUGUAGGACAUUUGGAUGGAAAAUCAAAUAACAUCUUGAAAUUGAUUCCUCCUGAUAAUGGCUUCAUAAUUGAGGCAGCCUGUGGCAUCAAUAAUAUUCAUCUUGUCUCAAAAAAUGGCAAAUAUUGGUUAUUUGACAAACGUGCUCGUAUUUGGAAGAAUCUAAAUCAAAUACUUAAUGUAGAAAGACCAGAAAAAUGUGAAGACAAGCAAAUCAUAGUGACUAAAGUGGCAUGUGGAACCAGAAUAAAUUUGGCUGUUGAUAAUCUAGGCAGCCUAUUUUCGGUUCCCUCUCGCCUGGAUUUGCGUGUGCUUGUUAGUGCGGUGGCGUGCGGCAAAGAACACGCACUAAUAUUAACAACCGACAGCACCGUCUACUCGUGGGGCACUGGCAGUCGAGGACAAUUGGGUCACGGCAGUGUCGACGACGAGUCACACCCUCGAGAGUUGGCAGCCCUGUGCGGACUGCGGGUGAUUGCAGUGGCGGCAGGUGGUUGGCACUCCUGCUGUAUCACUGAACAGCGCGAUCUCUACGCUUGGGGAUGGAACGCCAGUGGCCAGCUUGGAUUUGCCGGAGAAACGCAAGAGGAGGUUGAUGGUAGGAGGAGAGUGACUUCAGUGCUUGCUGAGCCGUCAGUUGUCGAUUGGCCUGGUGACUCCAUCAAUGUUAGCCAGGUUGCUUGUGGAUCAAGGCAUACCAUCGCUCUGUUAGAUGACUGCUCGGUAUGGGGCUGCGGGUGGAAUCGAUACCAUCAAGUGUGUGCAACACUUCCUCAAACAAUAUUCGGCAUGACGCGGUUGGCAGUGCCGCCAAAUUUAAAAGUCAACAGAAUUAUUUGUGGCGAAUGGAACACUGCAUUUGUUGCUGAAUCAAACCAGUCACCACCUGUUGUGGAAUAAUGAGAGUAUAGGAAAUCGUCGAAUGUAAAACAAUAGGCUAUAUCAUACAUAUACAUACACAUACAUAUAAUUGUAUAAACAUACAAAUUAAUAUGUUUCAUAAAUUAAAAUAAUUAUGAGUAUUGAUAAGUACAAAAAAUGCAUUCGUUUUGAAAAGAUAAAAUUGAAAUAUUGCAGCAUGAAAUAUCCUGAAAUAGAAAAAUGAGCAAGACAAACAUAAUGAACAAUUGAAUAAAAUUAUAUGGAAUAGAAUUACGGGUGAAUUCAAAUGUGAUCAAAAAAUCGCAAAAAGGAGUCAUUUGCAAAUUGCAAAAUGUCUGGAAAAGGUUGAAGAGACAAUGGAAGGCAGAUCAGGCAGUCAUUCGACGAAAAAAUUGAAGACCAGCGGUGGACCAUCAUCUCCAAACCGGAAACCCUAUGAAAAUGAUAGUCUUAUGGAAUCAAUUUUGUUGGAGAGGUGCCGGCCGAAUCAAUUCCAGAUGAUGAUUUUGAAGUUGUGUGGUAGUUUGAGGACAUUAACUGAUGAGGGGUUGGAUUUGAACUCAUCCCCUUUCGAGCUGGGACGACCGCUGUUGAUGGAGGUCGGUGGUGGAGGACGUCAAAGCAAGGAUCAAUGACCGUCUUGGUUAGGCCUAAUAAGCCUAUUAAGGCCCUUUGUGCUGCCUGAAGACCGCAACCUGACGUCACACCAUUUUCUGAGGGUUUGGAUUACCGUUAAAGUCGAAUUGGAUGCUUGAUGAACACCAAUGGAACGUCAAAACCUCAUUCCCUCUCUCAUAGACUAUUAUUAUUUUUCCAAUCUCUAAGAAUUUCUAAUAAUUAUAAAUUGUAAGAUCAGCUUUGGGAAGCUGCUUUAUAAAGUGUAAUAAUUAUCUGAAAUUGUUUCCCCUCAACAUUCAAAUUUUCCUUGUCUUUACCAAUUUGUUAUCCAGUCAAUAAAUAUUAUAUUCAUCACAUUUUUACAGUAAAUUUCGAAAAAAAUAUGUGUGAACUGUGAACCUUGAUGUCAAUAAUAAUAAUUUUUUGAAAUCAUAAAACUCACAGCUGGAAGGUGUCCUUUUUUUGAAACUCUUACUUUAUUUCCUUAGUGGAGGCAGGACCUCCUAAAUACCUUGUAUUGUUUGUAUGCUCAGGUCCGGUAUUUAGGAGGUCCUGGUGGAGGUAUCAUGUUAUUUCUGUUAAAUCGUGAUGUAAAUAAUUUCAAUUCUCUAUUUUGAAAUCACAAAAUUCACAACUGGCAGGUUUCAUUUUUAAAACUUUUAUUUUAUCAUUUUUACUAAUCGUCAAUAUUUUAUUGAUUCAUUGCCUCUGGCUUUAAAUUGAUCUACUAUAAUAAUUUAUUGGUGAUGGUAUUUAUUUUGAAUGGUUGAUGAUUGUUAGAUCAGUUUGAUCAGGUUUUUGGUUAUCGAUACAUGAUAAAUUAUUGUUGUAAUGCUAAGAUACGGGAUGAAGUUUUGAAAACAUUCUCUACUCAAGAAAUUUUCACGUCAACUUUUAAUUAUUUUUGUAUCUUUUUCAUUCUCUAUUCAAACUAAUUUUAAUUUUAAUUUAAUCCAUUUCUAUCUUAUUCAUUUUUCUUUACCUACUUUUUAGUUUUAAAUUCAUUACUUAUAAGUUAGAUUUACUUCAAUUCAAUUUCAUUAUUGAAAAUAUUUAUAUGUAGUUAUUAAUAAAUUGGUAGUUUUCCAAGUAUUAUAAUUUGAUAUAGAUCUGCAGUUUUUAGGAUUGAGUUAAAGUGUUUAAGUGAUAUUUCAACGUAAUAUUUCAAUUCAUCUAAAUUUAAUAUUUCUGGUUAGUACCUAUAUUUUUGAACUAAAAGUUGAACUCAUUCAAAUCAUUUCAAAAAUUGUUUAAAUGAUGUGUUUUGUAAGAAAUAAUAAGAUGUUUUUAGCGUU